AUGGAGACCUACAACGGCCAUGUCCGUACACCAACAGACGCCAUUAUUCUCUUCGAAGCUUGUCGGUUAGGCAUCCUACCCCGAGUGCAGCGUCGCCUUUCCGAGAAAGAGAGACAGUCAAUUCGAUCAGGUUCUGUUUUUGUCUGGGACGAGCGAGAAGCCGGCAUGCGAAGAUGGACCGACGGCAAGAGUUGGAGUGCUAGUCGUGUCUCGGGCAGCUUUCUCACCUAUCGAGAAAUGGAAGGCAAGCGUGGAGGAAAUUCCUUCGUUGCACCCGCAAACCGAGUGUCCAAAACUCCUGACAGUGUGCCCGAUGAUCCCUUGGGGGGAGAAGGCGAGGAAGGACCCGACGGAUAUCGAUAUAAGCCGGAUGGCCUUAUGAAGCAAUCCUUCAGUAUCACGACUUCCCAGGGUCAACACCUCCACCUGAUCAGCUAUUACUCACGAUCUCAUCCCACAACCCAAGUUCUCCGACAACCCAGCACAGAUCCCAAUCUCGCCUCAAUCCAACCAGCAAAGGGCAUGUAUCCCGAGUCAACCAUCAAUGAUCAAUCCACUGUCCCUGCUGUUACCCGAUCGCCCAUGGUCGGGGCACCAGGCUAUGUCAUGAGUCCAGGUGGCCCAGGCUAUCACAGACCGCCGUCACAUCCCCACGCCGCAUAUCUACCACCUGGCUAUAUCCCUCACCCAGCUUAUAUCUAUCCUAUCAGCCCGAUGCACACUCCACCAGGUCAUUACGGCUUGCAGCCAUAUGCCGCGCUGCCUCCAGGCCUCCCCCCACUUGCUUAUUCAGCUCCUCCUUAUCAUACACCGCAUCAUCUCGUAAAUCAUUCAAUACCACCACCCGGAUUUGAUCACCGACCAUUAGGACAUCACGAUCCAAGAGCUUCAGUCCCUCCACAUCUAUCACGAGUCAGCCAGCCUCCUCCAAGUCCUUAUGGCGCCAGUCAACCACCUCCACCCCCAAGUCCCGGCAGCCAGUCGUAUGCUCUUUCUCAACCCCCACCUCCUGCCGCUUCAUAUCAGCCAACUCCGCCCUCUCCAUCCGGCCCCGCGCCAUCCCAAAGCACGGAUACGGGUGCCGAGAAAUCAUCUGGUCCCUUCCAGAUCGAUCCACGGUUGACAGCUAGCGUCAAUGGAACUGACUCACAAGCUGGAGGAGUCAUUAGGAGGCCUGAGGAAUCACAAAACGAAACCCGCUCGGCCGAAUUACCGGCCGUGAGCGCCAGUCAGGCUCCAACCAUCACUUCACUGGUUCACAGUAUUAACACGAGCUUACCAGUCGAAAAGUCUCAAGGUGACCCCGAGACCGAUCGUCAAGGCAGCACAAGUCCUGGAGGCACCAAGAACGGCGCUCCGCCUCAAGACAUCCCUAGCGAGAAAUUGGGCUUUCGGGAAGAUAAACGGGCUCUGAGUAAACUUGAUCGGGUGUUUGCUCGAGUCUGA